GCUCAUUCCGAGAACUCGUUGUUUGGGCAGCAGCGCGCUUGCAUCCAUCGCUACGCACGCGUUGAAUUGUGUAGCCGUUCGGGACGAAACCGGGGCGGGGGCCAACGAAAAACGUCACCGCGAUAACAAUACGACCUACCCGCCCCACCUUCCCCUUCCCCUAACGGUCGCGUCCAGAAGCAACAUAGCCAGCAUAAGGAAACACAGGUUUCAGAAUUAGGCCUCACUUGCCUUACGCGUUAGUGAAUGAAAACGUUAAAAUUUUGCUAGUUGAUUCCUUUUCCGGCAAGCAUUAAUCGGCAGUGUUGCAUAGUUUCAGGGGCUAGCAAAGGUCGCCGAGUGCAAUGCGUUCGUUCCUUUCGGCCACAGUGAAAAGUGCGUAUCAUUGUUGUGGUGUUUGAAAUGUGCCGUCGGUGUUUUCGAAAAACGAUCGCAGUUCGAUAAGCAUGCCCGUGAGGCUGUGGUGAACAGUGUGUUUGCUUACGGAUUUUCGCUCCCUAGCGAACUGUCAACGGUGAACGGGACGCGCAAAUCAACCGGCAAAAUUGAGAGACACAAACGCAAACGUCGUGACCUCGCGAGUGCGGUGCCGGUGACCGAGAAGUUGAAGUGUGCGAGACGCGGCGGCGCGGGUAGUGCGGGAGCGGCCGGUAGUCCCGCGUCGACCCCCCCUUCCCCACAGUCCGGUUCGGGACGGGAUCAGCAGCGGCGACCCGUGGCCCGAAUGCUGUUGGAUCCGGGACCAGCCAAGAGUGUGCCGACGGAUGAUGGGAGACCACCGGGUGGUGGUGGCCGGGGUGGACCACCGGGCAUGGGGUCAGGGUCCGUCAGUACAGCUGCUGCUGCGGCCGCCGCUGCCGCCGCUGCUCUAUCGGCUGCCAAGGGUGCGACGGAUUUCUCGAUAGCGGCGAUCAUGGCACUGCGGGAGGGCUCCAGCAGGAGCCCUCUGGAAGCAGUUUUCGUAAGUGGCUCCGUACAAAAUGCGUCCGUCGAUCGGCUGUCCGAGGCAGACGAUGAGGUGGACGUGGAUGUGGAAGAGUGCAGUGAUUCGGAGGAACCCAAGUCCUCCGACAGUGGCCGUGUGACCCACUCGCGUACGACCGAAACACCGAACAGCAUAUCCGUGUCGGACGAGGAACGACUUUCACCGGAACCGGCACAGAAACGACCAACCAUCGUAGGGUCUUGCAAUUCGGACGACCUGCGGCCGGUCCAGUGUCACCUGGAGACGAAGGAACUUUGGGACAAGUUCAACGAGCUUGGCACGGAAAUGAUCAUCACCAAGACGGGAAGGCGCAUGUUUCCAACGGUGCGCGUUUCCUUCUCCGGUCCGCUGCGCCAAGUUACGCCAGCCGAUCGGUAUGUCGUGCUGCUGGAUGUGGUCCCGGUUGACAACCGGCGCUACCGUUACGCGUACCACCGGUCGGCCUGGCUGGUGGCGGGCAAGGCAGAUCCACCGCCGCCCGCCCGGCUCUACGCCCACCCGGACACCCCGGUCGGGGCCGAUGCCCUGCGGAAACAGGUUAUUUCGUUCGAAAAAGUGAAACUAACCAACAAUGAAAUGGACAAGAAUGGUCAGAUUGUCCUCAACUCCAUGCAUCGCUACCAGCCCCGGAUCCAUCUGGCACGGCUCGGACCGGGCCAAAACAUCCCCAUCACACCAAAGGAGCUGGCCGAUGUCGACCACAAAACGUACGUGUUUCCGGAGACGAUCUUCACGGCAGUGACGGCUUACCAAAACCAGCUCAUAACGAAGCUCAAGAUUGACUCGAACCCAUUCGCCAAGGGGUUCCGGGAUUCAUCGCGCCUGACUGAUUUUGAUCGAGAUCCGAUGGAUGCCCUACUUUUCGAGCAGCAUAUGCGAUCUCCGCUGCGCAUGUUUCCCGACCCGCUGAUGGCCCAGUUCGCAGCCGGUCCGGGUCCUGCCGAGCUGUCGGAUGCGUCGUCCGCCGCCCUGCUCGAGAAAGCACGCCAGCACCUGCAGAUGUGGGGCCGAUCGCCGUACAGCGAGCUGCUGCUGCCCCAGAUGUACCAACGUCCCCAGAGCCUGGGAGCGCUUAACCUUGGCGUUUGGCAGAACGCGGCCAGCUGGCCCGCCAGCCCACAGCUACCGCCCGGCUUUCUGCCCAAUGCAGCGGCCGCUGCGGCAGCCGUUGCAGCGGCAGCUUCUGCCGGUAGCUCCCGGCACACCUCGCCACCACCGCCACAACCACCAACCCUAGGACCUGCGACGACGUCCAUCAUGUCACCAGCGACUCCACUGACACCCACCAGUUCUUCCGGCUCGCCGUCACCGGAUCCGCGGGCCAAACACUUCACACGCUUCACACCAUACCAAAUACCAUCAGCAGCGUCGCAUUCGCAACCUCAACUACAGCCGGCCCAUCUUCCACCGGCCGUUUCGUCCUCACCCGGUCCGGCCCGAUCACCGAGCAGUCCCGCGAACUAACCUUUCAACGCAAACCUCCCUUAUGUGGGCGUCCUGAUUAGUCAUGCGAUGAAUGAUUUCGAUUCCGAGGUUCAUCAGUAUUAGGUGAGGAACGCAUCGUACGUGUAUUUAAUUUAUUUAGCAGUUAUGUUGUUCAGCCUUUCCGUUCCUGUUACUUACUCAGCUGUGUGGAAGGUUAGGCUAAGAGGUGGAUAAAAUGAAGGUAAUCAAUAGCCGUUGCAAUAUCUUAACUACCCGGAAGCAAUUGUAUAGAAGAAGAAAAGUCUUGAAACUGAUUAAACUAGCAGCGGACGAUGCUUUGUAACUCUUGCAGCAAGCAGACAGAACAGUGAAAGCGAUCCAUCGAAUAAUUACCAAAAUUGUUAUACCAAGUAAAACUUACACUUAAAUAAAGGAGUUCUUUUCUGUUUCAUGUAUGUGUAA